AAAGCAAUGGUGUUAUAAUGUAGCUUAGUUACGCAAAACUAGACUUGGUAAAUACAAUUGUUAGUUCCACGUCGCCAGCGUUUGCAAGUUUGCAAAAUCGUCAGUCCGAAUUCUUAGCAACAUAGAUCUUCAAACACCACCAGAUUCCUCUCUGCAGGAAACGGUGGAACAGUGUAUUGACGGAUUUGUCAUGGUAGAUACCCCAAGUACUGGACAAUCCAGUCAAUUUUCUCAAUUGAAAGUCACAGUUUCAAGAGCUAAGCUUAAAGAGCAAAAUGGUUGGUUCUCAAAGGGCGAACCUUAUGUCAAGCUCAUUGUCGACUCUAAAGCCCCACCCAAGAAAACAGAAGCAGUCAAGAAAACAUGGGAGCCUGUAUGGAAUGAAUCCUUUACCAUACUGGUAAUGCCAUACAGUAUCCUAGAAUUUGAAAUCAACAAUAGAUUUGCCCUCAAAAGUGAUGUCCCACUUGGAAGCACAAAGAUUGACUUGAAUGACACUUUGCACAAGAACAAUGGAAAAUUAAAUGCAUGUAGCAUAAAACUACCUAUAAUGUUCAACAAGAAUGGCACAAAAGUACAGACAGGAGACCUGGAUGUCAUCCUUGAUGGAUUAACCAUAAAUAUGCGACAAUUUCCAAGGCGGCGAGGGAAGGUGUCUUCAAAUGGAUCAGCUGUUGAUGGUGCUGGGUCUUCAAGAGCAGCUGUUAAUAAUGGUGAUGUUUGUCGGAGGGACAAUCGCUCUAGCCAUGACCAAAGACAACGACCAGUUAGUACCAGUGCACUAUCUGGACCAUCUUCUGUUGGUCAACCCUCAUCGGGAAGUAAUGCAAGAAGUAGUCUUUCUCUGGCAACUACUGCUGGUGCUGCAGACACUACAACAACACCGUCCAACAGUAAUAUGACACUUGGACCACCAUCCAGCCGACCCCCUCCACCUCAAAGAGCACCCACAGGCCCAGAGGAGCCACUACCACCAGGAUGGGAGCAAAGAGUUGAUCCUCAUGGUAGAAUUUACUAUGUUGAUCAUAAUACAAGAACGACUGCAUGGGAACGACCUCAGCCACUUCCACAUGGGUGGGAAAGAAGAACAGACUCGAGAGGAAGAACAUACUAUGUUGAUCAUAACACACGUACCACUACAUGGCAACGACCUACAGUAGAGUCCAUCAGAAACUAUGAGCACUGGCAGACACAAAAUAGAGCUAUGUUGAACACUGAGAGACAACACUUCCAACAGAGGUUUCUUCUUCCUAUGGGUCCUACUGCUGCCCCUCAAGAAACAGAUCAACUUGGACCACUUCCACCUGGAUGGGAAAAAAGAGUGGAGUCUAAUGGUAGAGUCUACUUUGUAAAUCACAAUACCCGUACGACCCACUGGGAAGAUCCAAGAGCUCAAGCAGCUGUCAAAGAUGAACCCCUACCUCAGGGAUGGGAGAUGAGAUACACCAAUGAAGGAAUUCCAUACUUUGUAGACCACACCACAAGGACCACAUCAUUCACGGAUCCCAGGAUGCCACCGCCUGCUAUUGUAGGAGGACCUACAUAUGAACGGAGCUUUAGAUGGAAGGUUGGCCAGUUCAGACAUCUGUGCCAGGCCAAUGCUCUUCCAAGUCACGUCAAGAUCACUGUUAACAGAAACAACUUGUUUGAAGAUUCCUUCAGCCAAGUGAUGCGCUAUCAACCACAUGAUCUCAGACGGCGACUGUACAUCAUAUUCAAAGGGGAAGAGGGACUGGAUUAUGGUGGUGUUGCUAGGGAGUGGUUCUUUUUGCUUUCUCACGAAGUACUUAACCCUAUGUACUGCUUGUUUGAGUAUGCCAACAAAAACAACUACAGUUUACAAAUUAAUGCAGCUUCUUCAGUAAACCCUGACCAUCUCAUGUACUUUCGCUUUAUUGGUCGUUUGAUUGCUAUGGCUCUUUAUCAUGGCAAGUUCAUUGAUAGAGGCUUCACUCUGCCAUUCUACAAGAGAAUGCUAAAUAAGAAGCUUAGUAUGAAAGACUUGGAAUCUAUUGACCCAGAAUUCUACAACUCACUUGUAUGGAUCAAGUUAAUGACAGAAUGGCGGCUCAAUCGUGGUAUUGAGGAACAAACCAAGGCGUUCUUGGAAGGACUGAAUGAAGUGGUACCUUUGUACUGGAUUCAAUACUUUGAUGAAAAAGAAAUGGAGUUGAUGUUAUGUGGUAUGCAAGAGAUCGAUAUUGAAGACUGGCAACAGAACACAGUGUACCGACACUACACCAGGAACAGUAAACAAAUCAUGUGGUUUUGGCAGGCUGUAAAGGCUUUUGAUAACGAGAAGAGAACCAGGUUAUUACAGUUUGUCACUGGUACAUGUCGACUGCCUGUUGGUGGCUUUGCCGAACUCAUGGGAAGCAAUGGGCCUCAGAAGUUUUGCAUAGAAAAGGUUGGCAAGGAGACAUGGUUGCCUAGAAGUCACACGUGCUUUAACCGUUUGGAUCUACCACCCUACAAGAGUUACGAACAGCUGGUGGAAAAAUUAACAUUUGCCGUCGAGGAAACAGAAGGAUUUGCACAGGAGUAAUGACCAUGGUACUUUGAUAAAAGACUUGAUAAAAAAUACUAAAUAGAAAACUAGGAAUUGAACUUGUAAAAUAACACGACUAGAGUGCUUAGCUAUGACUGAUGGAUCCGAGGAUCUCUAGACCUAGAACUACCUUACUCUUUGACGUUCAGGACCGGCUCUACUCAAUCCUAUUCUCCCUCAUCACCCAGAAGCAGGAAUUUUGUGGAACUUGACGUCUUGAGGCUCUUCUGGAAAGACCCAAGAUGUACUCUUUAUGUUUACUAGAUUUACUAGAUUUACUAGAUUGGAUCAAGAUAUCUGGAAUUCAUUAUAAUGGAACUAAAUGCACUCUUAUGACAUCAAAUGUUGACCGAAAUGUUUGAUGGUGGAACAAACAACAUGAACCGUGUAAUCCGACCACCAGUUGUUUGGGAGCGGAUGAUGAUGGGAAAGAUGACAUGAACCUGUGUUAUCCGACCACCCUCAUAGUAGUCAUAGCUGCGCAGCUUUAUGAGGAUAACUUUUUUGCACUAUGAUGGAAGAAGAUAAGCAAAAGACUUAGACAAACCUGCACUGCAAGUUAGUACCAUCGGAAUAAUUGCCACGAAUCAGAUUGUGGAAACCGCUGCAGAGCGGGUAACACCUGACACGUUAUAUCACGUGACAUUGGGCCAUAUCACGUGACUAGGGGGUUAUGUCACGUAACCAAUUGCAUCACGUGAAUCUCUUGUGUCUUGUAACCCCACCCAGUGGCUUAGGUAAAAUUGUAAUGGAGGUAACAAUGAGGCAUCCUUGUAUGAAUGACCAAAGGCAAUAAUGUUUCUUCGGUCGAAAAUUAUUUUUGAAAGGUAUCAUUUGUGUUUUCGUUGUGGUUCCUGCCUUUGUACAAAGCCGUCAGAAUAAUCAUCACAUCACCAAACACCUAAUUUAUGUACAAUACACCUUAUAUUAAACACCACUUUAAUGACAUACCUGAUAGAUCUAAUUGGACUUAAUAACUAAUUGACGUAUGUCAGUCUUUAAAACAAUUAUCAAGAAAAUCACAAAAAUCGAGCAAGCAUUUCCCUCUAUUUUUAAUACAGAAAUGGCCAGCGUAAUUGCUAUUUACUAUACUAAUCUCAUUGAUAGUUUCUAAUCACUCGACUUUCUGAUCAAAAACAAAUUCGUCUGUUAAGCGGGAAGCCUUUGAUAAAGACUUUUGAAUGGCUUCCAUAUUGCUGAUUGGCUGGGAUUCUGAAUUGUGCUUUGUGAUUGGUUUAGCGAGAAAGCCAUUUGAUACUCCAUGUAUUACAGUUUUCUUAUAAGAAAUCUGCAAGACUGGGUUGUGGAAAGUUUUUAUUCGUAAAUUAUCUCUGCCAUGUAUGAAAGCAAUAGACAAAGAGUGUCAAAGCGUGAAAGGUGUGUUGGUUGAUAGCAUUGCCAUUGACGAUGUUUUUGGGUGGCAAGAUUUUAAUGGCAAAGGACUUUGCGAAAGAAAACUGUCCCAUGCGGAUGGCACAAGUCAGACAACUCCUAACGUAUUGGUGGGAAAGACGAGACACGUUUACACCUAAUCACCAAUCUAUUAUAAGGGGCUUUCAUCAAUUAGCGCAUGGGGGCGGCACAAUUGUAGGGAGUUACGAUAUUUUGAGAAAGUGGUUUUGGGGGACGAGGGGGGGGGGGGAUAUCACAUAUUUGGGGUUGAGAACUAUUUCAGGGUGAGCAAUUGUUGCCUCUACAAUUGAGGUGAGGUUGGGUUAUGUUUGUAAAGCUUCCUAUGUGAUAUUUUCAACCCCCUCCCCCAUGUGCUAACAAAGGAAAACCCCCUACGAGGUCUGACAUAAAGUAAUAACGUACCGUAUAGACGUUGUUUUGAUUGGUCUAUUUUUAGUAUUAUAAGGGUUCUAAGAUUCCACUCCGAAGGCUUUUAUAAUUUAGCUAGCUUUGAUAGGUUUUAUUGAACAAAAAUAUCCGUCCAUUUCGCGUUUUUGCACUUCACGCGAGUGUGCAUAAUCCGCCAUCGAAUGUUGGCAUUUUAACUGUGUGAUCAUUCCAGGUAACCUAGUAACGAUAUUCUUAUUCAGCAAUAGACGCUAACUCAGUAGUAUCUCCCCAAUCUUUUUCACUUUUUCAUUGAUACUGGUAAUAAUUAAGGAGAUGGCUAGCCUGCGUAGCGAUGCAUUUCGCAUUGGGGACAACAGGCCCCCAUCUAUUCCUUCCCCCUCCCCCCUCUCAAAUUGGUGUCGCUAAGCAGGCUAGAGAGCAGAUGUAGUUAGGAACAGAUCUAGGCGCAAGAUGAUUAAGAUUAAUAUACAAAUCGGCUUUAUGUAAAUGUAAAAAAGAAUCAAUAAAGCAAUAGGUUUUAAUUUAA